CUGAUUUUGCCUUAAACAAAAAAAUAAUAAUUUAGUGGGGCAUUUGAACAUAAUUUUUGCUUGGGGAGGGGGGGUUGAAUAAGCCACUCAGUAAAACUUCAAAUACCCGGAAGUUGGCCGGGGGGAAUAUUGAAGCUUCGAAUUGAGCAACAUAUACUGGAGUGAGAGCAGCGAGCGUAAUGCCUGCAAAGUGACGAAACUUCUCGAAAAUUCACUCGAUGUUACAGUUCAACAAGAGAUAAAUUCUGUAGCCUGUGUAAUGUCAACAGUGAUCUGCUUUUCUCGCGUGCUGUUAUCAGGUGAAAUGUUGCGUUCUGAACUUCGCUAAGGCCUUUUAGUCUUGGCAAGUUUCAUCUAUUGGUGGCAGAAAUUUGGAGGCGCUGGAGGUUGAGGGGCUCUUAAUAGCUAUUAUUUUGAUUCACUAAAUUGAGCAUAAUGAGAAAUUUUGAGCAUAAAAUAAUGCCAUGUCUUCGGGGGUGACACUCAAAAAGAUAAUCCUCGAACCUUCGGGAAACAUUUAUCUGACACUACUUACGACGUUGAAGGUGAUUAAGUGAAGUGAGCGGUGUCACAUUGCAUUGCACAAAGUAAAUAUAUUUGCAUAUGCACAUACCAGAACUUACAAGCUUGGGUGACCUGUGCUCCCUAGUUGUGCUUUUAGUCAGCAGGGGUUUUGGCACAAUCUCAGAUCGCUGUUCACUUUUGAUCAGAUCAGAUUGCUGCACGUAGCAUGGCGUCCACCCCCAGCAACUCAGACUUAGUCAAACCAGCUGCAACAACUAAAAAGAUACGAGCCAAGAGAAAGCUGAACUUUUCAGCCUCAGAUUACAGAAGCAAGAAAAAGUUCCGCCUGAAAAGUGACAUCAUAAUACCUGCCAACCCUCCUCAACUUAAAAAAGAUUGUACUUCAACUUCAAGCGAUAAGGAGACACCUAAUCUUAAGGAGGUAGAACCAAUCAAAUAUCUCAUUGGCCAGUUGACCUGGGGCAGAUUGAAAGGAUUUGACUGGUGGCCUGGGCGUGUCAUUUCUCAUAUUGAAGCACAAAAGUCUCCGGCUGUGGAGGGUUCUUAUUGGAUCAAGUGGUUUGGAGAUAGCAAACUAUCAAUGCUUCCUGUUGUAUGUUUACGGCCACUUUCCGAGUUCAAAGAAAGUUUUCACCUUUCAAGGAUGAGAGGUCUCUAUAAGAAAGCCAUCAUUGACAGCUUAGAGGUAGCAGCAAAAAGAUGUGGUAAAGUGUUUUCUAAGAGCAACAAACAACAGUCAAAGAAAGGGAAGAGAGGAGGAAAGAAAACUGAACCAAAUGCUGUGAUGGAGAAAGAGGAUGAACAACUUAGUGAUAAAGAGAAAAUAGAAAUAAUGGUGCAGUGGGCAAUAAAUGGAUUUGAACCAAGUGGUCCAGAUGGAUUUGCACCAAGUGAAGAGGAUAUGGUGGAUAUUCCAGCACCAGUUCCUCAAAUGGAUCUAACAUCAGAGGAAAUGACUGCUGAUCAAAAGGCACGCUUUGGUAAACCAAUCAAUGAACCAAACCUGGCAGAAGAUAUCAAAGUUCUGUUUGAUGCAGUAGUUGAUGGAAAAAAGAAAAUUACAGGUAUCUGUCUGGCAUGUGGUGAUGAUAAAGUUGGCACUGAACAUCCAUUAUUUGAGGGAGGUCUGUGUAAAGAAUGUAAGACCUCUUUCCUGGAAAAUUUAUACCUCUAUGAUGAAGAUGGUUCUCAGAUGUAUUGCACGAUCUGUGGAGAUGGAAAGGAAGUAUUUAUGUGUGAUAGCACUGGCUGCUUCAGGUCAUACUGCAGUCUCUGCAUAGGCAUGUUAUGUGGAAGAAAUGCAGUCAGAGAGAUUGCCGCAGCUGACAAUUGGGUCUGUUACAUGUGUUCAGGAAACUCUCAAGGACUCAUCAGACCGCGACACAAUUGGUCUGCUAAACUGCAAGAGUUCUUUAUGAACGACAAAGAACAAGAUUUUAAACAACCAUACAUUUUCCCUGCAGUUCCCCCUGACGAGCGCAGACCAAUUCGAGUCCUGUCGCUGUUUGAUGGAAUAGCCUCUGGUUUCCAAGCCUUGAAGGAACUCGGUGUUGAAAUCGAAGUGUACUACGCAUCUGAAAUCGACGAACAUGCCAUGCAGGUGGCCAAGGUACAACAUGGAGCAAAGAUUAUCCAUGUUGGUGACAUUACGCAAAUCUCUAGAGAUAAGGUUGAAGAACUUGGACCAUUUGACUUUGUGUUUGGAGGAAGUCCGUGUAAUGAUCUAUCCAUUGCAAACCCAGUGAGACGAGGAAUUUGUGAGGGAACUGGCCGUCUUUUCUUCGACUUUUUUCGCCUCCUUCAGUUCGUGCGGCCUAAUUCAGAUAUGGAGCGACCUUUCUUUUGGCUUUUUGAAAAUGUCGUUGGCAUGAGAGCGGAUGACAAGAAGAUUAUUUCAAGAUUUCUAGAGUGUAAUCCCGUAGUAGUGGACGCCAAAGAGAUCUCUCCUGCUCACAGAGCUCGUUAUUUCUGGGGAAAUCUGCCCGGAAUGAACAGGCCAACAGUUCCUUUACCCGGUGACAAGCUUUGCUUGCAAGAUUGUCUUGAAGCAAACUGUGGAAGGCAAGCCAAGUUCACUAAAGUACAAACUCUGACUACCAACGCUAACUCUAUGCUUCAAACCAAGAAAGGUCUGUUUCCGGUUCAGUAUACGGGAUCGGAUGGACAGCUGAAGGAAGAUGUGCUUUGGAUCACGGAGAUGGAGAGGUUGUUUGGUUUACCAUCGCAUUACACAGACGUCAGUAACAUGGGGCGCUCACAGAGACAGCGGCUGCUAGGGAAGUCUUGGAGUGUUCCUGUAAUAAGGCAUCUUCUAUCCCCUCUAAAGGAUUACUUUAAAUGUGAAGCAUAAAUCAAAUCGGCUUGCAUAACCGAUGGAUAACUAUGCGUUCCUUCUGCGUACGCAGCUAGUUGUGUCCGAUGAUAAAAACGACUGUUUUUUCAAGUAGGUAUCAUAUAUAAUCUAGGUAGCCUUUUUUCUCUCGUUUAUUCAACUUAUUAUCAUGUUCUCAGAAUAGUAGUUGUUAAUAUUGCGAUUUAGUUUUUUUCAUAUACAAAACCCCACGUUCCAGUUUUUUUCUGUCUGCAAGGAAACGAACAGAAGCAAAACACAAACAUGAGCGUCUUUUUUAAUUGGAUGUUUUAGGUAAUCCUCGUAAAUUUUCAGAAUACGAAGCGGAAUCCUUUAUCUUUGCCUCUGACGGACAGUUUCGCCAAUGGUCAGCUCGACUUCUGGUGUGUUAGGGCGAUCUCUACCUCGUUAGACCAUAAUCUUCACGUUCCGUUUUGAUUAAGUUGACUCUGCCUCUUUUAUUAGGGUUUCUGUUUUAUGGGGAAGAUGUUGCGAGGCGUAUUAUAUUCUUCUGGGGUGAUUGGCUAAAGGAACUUUUUUCCUUUUCUUUUUGAUAGGAAGGGGAAAUUAAUAAAAAUGUCCUUUGUACUUAGUGUCCGUUUCUUGUUGCUCCUCUCGGGUUUUUCUCGAGUUUAUUGUUAAGCAGGGAUCGAAAGCGUUAAAAGGUAUUUAUCUGGGCCACAUUCCCCUUUUCUACCUCUGACAUUCACACAUGAUGUUUGUUUUUAUCG